UAAAUAAAUCUGCACACACUACUACCGGGUCAUAUGAUUCCAGUCCAAGUGUCAUGUGAUCGUUCUGUACAACAGGAGACUGGAAGGGGACUGUGGUCCCGUGCCUCUACCAGAUGAGCUUCCUCCGGACUGUAUGACUCUUUGACGGUGCCAGGCUGAGGAAUGCUUUAGGAUAUCUUUCUGGCUCUGCAGCUUUGAUCUGAGUGUCAGCCAUGGUAGACUUUCUAGCGGAGAAUAAUUUGUGUGGCCAAGCCAUCUUGAGGAUUGUUUCCCGAGGGAAUGCGGUCAUUGCAGAACUCCUCCGACUCUCGGACUUCAUUCCCAGUGUCUUCAGGCUGAAAGAUAAAACUGACCAACAGAAAUAUGGGGAUAUUAUCUGUGAUUUCAGUUACUUUAAGGGUCCAGAACACUACGAAGGCAAACUGGAGGCCAAGCCAGAGCUCCAGGAUUUAGACGAAGAAUUCCGUGAAAAUAACAUUGAAAUACUCUCACGCUUUUACCUUGCAUUUGAAAGUGUCCACAAAUACAUUGUGGAUUUAAACAGGUAUCUGGAUGAUCUUAAUGAAGGUGUUUACAUUCAGCAGACAUUGGAAACCAUUCUAUUGAAUGAAGAUGGGAAACAGCUCGUGUGUGAAGCUCUCUAUUUGUAUGGAGUCAUGCUGUUGGUCAUUGACCAGAAGAUUGAAGGUGAGGUCAGAGAGAGGAUGCUGGUGUCUUAUUACAGAUACAGUGCUGCCCGCUCGUCGGCAGACUCCAAUCUGGAUGACAUCUGCAAGCUGCUGCGUAGCACAGGGUACUCGUGCCAGCCCGGGUCCAAACGGCCCCCGAAUUACCCAGAGAGCUACUUCCAGAGAGUGCCCAUCAGCGCCACCUUCGUCAGCAUGGUGAUAGGCCGCCUGCGCUCGGACGACAUUUACAACCAGGUCUCUGCUUAUCCCCUGCCUGAGCACCGAAGCACAGCCCUGGCCAACCAGGCUGCCCUGCUGUAUGUCAUCCUGUAUUUCAACCCCUCCAUCCUCCACACACAGCAAGCCAAGAUGAGGGAGAUCGUGGAUAAAUACUUCCCAGACAAUUGGGUUAUCAGCAUCUACAUGGGGAUCACAGUGAAUCUUAUAGAGGCCUGGGAACCCUACAAAGCUGCCAAGACUGCCUUGAAUUACACUCUUGAUCAAGCUAAUAUUAAAGAACAGGCCAGUCGCUACGCUGCCAGUGUGGAGACGCUGAGGCCCCAGGUGCAGCAGUUUCUGAAGGAGGGCUUCCUGAGGGAGGAGAUCGUGCUGGACAACAUUCCCAAGCUGCUCAACUGCCUCCGGGACUGCAACGUGGCCAUCCGGUGGCUGAUGCUUCACACGGCCGAUUCAGCUUAUGACCUAAACAACAAAAGGUUGCGUCAGAUUAAGGAUCAAGUGAUCAAUGACUCCAAAUACAAUUCCAAGAUCCUCUUCCAACUACUGCUGGACACGGCUCAGUUUGAGUUUCUUCUUAAGGAGAUGUUCAAGCAGAUGCUGUCUGAGAAGCAGGCGAAGUGGGAGAGCUACAAGCAGGAGGGCUCAGAGAGGAUGACUGAGCUGGCUGAUGUCUUUUCUGGGGUCAAACCCCUGACAAGGGUGGAGAAGAAUGAGAACCUGCAGGCGUGGUUCAGGGAGAUAUCCAAACAGAUCCUGUCUCUGAACUACGAAGAUUCCACGGCUGCCGGGAGGAAGACAGUGCAGCUGAUCCAGGCCCUGGAGGAGGUGCAAGAGUUCCACCAGCUGGAGUCCAAUCUGCAGGUCUGUCAGUUCCUCGCCGACACCCGCAAGUUCCUUCACCAGAUGAUCCGUACCAUUAACAUCAAGGAGGAGUUCCUGAUCACCAUGCAGAUCGUGGGAGACCUGUCCUACGCCUGGCAGCUCAUCGACAGCUUCACGGGUAUCAUGCAAGAGAGCAUUCGAGUGAAUCCGUCAAUGGUGACCAAACUCCGGGCCACGUUCCUGAAGCUGGCGUCGGCUCUGGACCUGCCCUUGCUGAGGAUUAACCAGGCCAACAGCCCUGACCUGCUCAGUGUGUCUCAGUUCUACUCCGGCGAGCUCGUCUCCUAUGUGAGGAAGGUGCUGCAGAUCAUUCCUGAGAGCAUGUUUACUUCCCUGGCCAAAAUUAUCAAGCUGCAGAUCCAUGACAUCAUGGAAGUGCCCACUCGUCUGGACAAGGACAAGUUGCGGGAUUAUGCCCAGCUGAAUGCCCGCUAUGAGGUCGCCAAACUGACUCAUGCCAUUUCAAUUUUCACCGAAGGAAUCCUUAUGAUGAAAACAACCCUUGUUGGCAUCAUCAAGGUUGACCCUAAGCAGUUACUGGAAGAUGGCAUAAGGAAAGAAUUAGUGAGAAGAGUAGCAUUUGCUCUUCAUAAGGGUCUCAUCUUCAACCCCAAAUCUAAGCCUAGUGAGCUGAUGCCCAAACUAAAGGAAAUGGCUGCCACUAUGGAUGGCUUCUAUCGGUCCUUUGAGUACAUCCAGGAUUACGUGAGUAUCUACGGCCUGAAAAUCUGGCAGGAGGAGGUGUCCCGCAUUAUAAACUACAACGUCGAGCAGGAGUGCAACAGCUUUCUCAGGACAAAGAUCCAAGACUGGCAGAGUGUGUACCAGUCAACCCACAUCCCCAUUCCAAAGUUCCCCCCAGUGGACGAGUCCGCCACCUUCAUUGGACGCCUGUGUCGAGAGAUUCUAAGGAUCACAGACCCAAAAGUGACGUGCUACAUUGACCAGAUGAACACAUGGUAUGACAUGAAGACGCGUCAGGAGGUGACCAACAACAGACUGUUUUCAGAGAUCCAAGACACACUGGGAACGUUUGGGCUAAAUGGCCUUGACAGACUUCUCUGUUUCAUGAUUGUGAAGGAGUUACAGAACUUCUUGAACAUGUUGCAGAAGACAAUCCUUCGGGACAGAACUGUGGUUGAUGUUUUCAAAGCUUUGCUGAAUUCUGUAAACCCUGUUAAAGGAAUUGUUGGGAAUGCAAAUAAAGUGUAUUCCGCAGCUGUUGCAAAAACACAAAAAAUCUGGACCUCGUAUUUGGAAGCAAUUAUGAAGGUUGGUCAGAUGCAGAUUCUAAGACAGCAGAUAGCUAAUGAGUUAAACUACUCCUGCAAGUUUGACUCGAAGCACCUGGCUGCUGCUCUGGAAAAUCUGAACAAGUCUCUCCUUUCUGACAUUGAGGCUCAUUACCAGGACCCUUCCCUGCCGUACCCCAAAGAGGAUAACACCCUCCUGUAUGAAAUCACGGCGUACUUGGAGGCUGCCGGGAUUCACAACCCCCUGAACAAAAUCUACAUAACCACCAAGCGGUUACCAUAUUUCCCCAUUGUGAACUUUCUGUUUCUAAUUGCUCAGCUUCCUAAGCUGCAGUACAACAAAAACCAAGGAAUGACCUGCAGAAAGUCGACUGAUCCAGUUGACUGGCCUCCUCUUGUGCUGGGUCUGCUUACCCUCCUGAAGCAGUUCCAUUCCAGAUACACUGAGCAGUUUCUGGCUCUGAUUGGCCAGUUCGUUCGCUCCAUAAUGGAGCAGUGCACGAGCCAGAAGAUUCCGGAGAUGCCGUCGGAUGUGGUCGGGGCGCUCAUGUUCCUGGAGGAUUAUGUGCACUAUACCAAACUCCCCCGGAAGGUGGCAGAAGCCCACGUCCCCAGCUUCAUCUUCGAUGAGUUUCGAACAGUUCUGUGAUGGGGCUGGUCACAAGACUGCAGCGGGGGGCCUGGGCCUUCGUAUGACACGGCUCACCCCCUUCAUCUCAAUAGCCUGCGGGGGCUUCAAGCUCUAAUGGGCCUUUUUUCGCUUCUAGGUUUCUAACCAACGCAGUGACUGAAUGUUUAGUGUCGUUAACUACGUGUCUUUAAUAUACAGCUAUUAACUGGAUAAAAUGUGUGCAGUUUUGCUAAAAACAAGUUGUCUAACAGUUUAUACAAAAUGCCAUGUGAUCUCUUAUUAAUAAAUUAGGUGCUUCACUGUU